UGUCCUCCCCUGAUGUAUGUUAUGUGUUAUACUGUAACUGCCAUGAUCCCAUGGAUGCCUUUCAAGGGUUCCAACCCACCUCUCGCUGCUUAGCCCUUCGAGCACUGUGCAACAGCUUGCUCCCCAGACUAAGACCUUCCCUUGGUAAACUUUUCUGGCCCGAGGGCGGUUGGUUGUCUUGUCACUGCGCCUUUUAUCACUCAUAAUUUUGUCUCAAUAAAAUCUCUUUGCUUUUGGGGCAAACGGUCUGCAUGCCAGAUAAAAUAUUUUUCCCCCCUCGAAAAGGAGAAUAGUUGUAAACAGCUGAGGAUUAAGUUGUAUGAAAUACAACUUCUUCCAGUAAGGGGUUCCAUAUGUUUUAGGGAGAGGUGGUUGGGCGUUGUCUUGGUUACAGACUUUUGUACCUAACUACAUGGGUGGCAGGUAGGCUGUGCGUGUCUCGAAGGGUUAACAGACCCAUGUGGCUAUCUAUCUCAUGUACUGAUGGCGGAAAGAACUGUGUCUUAAUCUAAAGAAAGGUAUUGGGUAAUGAGAGUAGCAAAAAAAUGAAAUUGUGUGUGAUUUGAUGCUUAUCCUUGGGGUGAUUCACCUGCUCAUGCAAUGUGCCACACCCUGCUGUGCCCCUUUACCCACAAACCACCCCAUCACGAGGCAGCCAGAAGCCAGAAAUGUGCUGGUUGUCUGAAGCUUGGCUCCCAGUCAAGGAAAGCCCCCAGUUGGCAGAACACCUGGGUACAGAGCUGAGGCUUCCAAGUAUUCCUGUGUAAAACAAGAACACUCGUAAUAAGCAAUGCUAUUGGACCACCCCUUUCUUCCAAGUGGCCCUUCACUCCACUACAGUAUCAUUGUUCAGGCUUAUGGUCAGUCACCACCACUGUUGGCUUGUCAGACUUCUAGGGGUUGGGGAAGUUCCAUUAGAAGAGAUCAGGACAUAGUAAAUUAUGAGACUUACACACACAAACUGUAGUGCAGUUGUGUCAUCAACACUAGUGAGUCAUGGUCUCAGAUUUCAAGCCCAUUUAAAUGGCAUUUAGUUCAAGUCUGGUCAGGGAUCUUAACCUGGGCUCCAGGGGUCUGAGUAAUAGAGUGAAUUACAGUGACGGUAUAAUCCUUGGCCAAAGGGCUUUGGCUCCGGUUUUGUCCUGUCCCUUACCUCUCACAGGUUAAGGAGCCGUCACUUACAUAUAUUCACAUUUCUCAAAGCCUAAACCUGGCUACGGCUUGUUUGUCUUGUCAGCUUAAACUUUUGUUAGUUAGAAUGAACUGAAUAGCCUGUCAGUUUAACCAAGGAUGGCCUAUUUCUCAGAAAACAGCUUGACUAGCCAUUAAGCAUUUGAUUAACUAAACACAUACCUUGUAGAUUAAGUUUACAGUAUGUUUAUUUACACAUUGCAACAAUUUAUUUGCAAUGCAACAAUUUGCCUGUAGUGGCUGAAGCACACGUAUCUGUCUGAGAUUUAAUUGUCCUCAAUGUAGUUUGGGGGUAGGGCUGUAUCAAGCCUGCAUGUAGCAAGCUCUGUCAUAUACAAAAAUGUUGUGUAAAUAUAUUUCUAUUUCACAUCUUUGUAAAAUAGAAACAUAUCAAGAAAUCUGUGUGCCGCAAUUCCACAGGCCCAUACUAACUGUCCUUAAUUUCUCUCCUACAGCAGUACUGCUUUGCCAGUCCUGUACUGCACUCUCUUAAGGGUGCAGCAACUCAUCCUGUGUAGGUUAUGGUGAACAGACAGAAGCGUGCGCUUGUCAGUUUUGUCAGGGUCCGCUGGCUGGUUGUCUGUCUGGGUGGGGGGGGGAAAGCAGCUAUUCCUCAACAAACCUCUACCCCAACAUCCUUUUAUUUUGUUUUCUACCAAAUACUUAUUUUAAUAGAAUUAAAUUGAAACCUCAGCCAUUUUAUGGUGGUCUUUUGCUUUAGAUUUAUUUUGUAAUUCAUAAUAUAUAUAUAUAUAUAUUUUUAAACAUAUUUUUCUAAAAAGGAAGUCAAGAUCUACAUUUACGAAGUUGGAAUAGCAAUCGAAUCCCAAGUCAAACUAGCGACUGUUCAGUAGCAGGUGGCCUGUUCCCUCUGAAACUAAGAUAUUGAUCGUAUGGAUCUAAUAGUUGCCUCCACUGCCCCUCAGGUAUACGUGUAACUACAUAUAUAUAUUUAUAUAUAUAUACUCUCCCUGCCCUGGGUUACAUAAAGUAGCUGCACAUUUAUCUCACAGAACAUUCCUUGAUUUGGUUUAAAAAUCUUGACUUCAUUUUCUUAAAAUGCUAUCAAUAAUUCGCAAUCUGGGGGAUAUUUUUAUUACUUUUUUCAUUAGAAUUUUGAGCCCCAGGAGGAUUUUUCUUUUGUGACGUAAAAAAAACAAAUCACAGGUGGUAUGCUUAUGUGUGUGAGUUCCAACCCUUUUCCAAAGUGUUACUAAUGGUAAAGAGACAUUUUCUAGGCUUCUUUUCUGCCGGUUGAAGUCUGACUGCAGAAGGACCCUUGGCACUGAAAGUGUACGUAUUCUGGAGAGCACAGCCCAGGACUCCUGCAUCAGUGAUGGCUUUAUCCUCUCCUGUUAUCUCCUUAAAAGAAAGACAAAACAACCUCAGCUGUUUCUCAAUGUAUCUGCCUGUUUGUUUGUUUUUAGACAGUUAUGUUUGUAUGUAAGGCAAGCAAGAGAGGACUGUCUGUAUGUUGUGUAUCUAGGGUUGUCUUGAUGUGAUUCAGCUUAAGGAACUAAAACAGUAAAUGUUUCUAAAGAAGAAGUGAGGGCCUAGCUGAGUUGGCUGUGUUGUGCUUGCUGUCUGUGUUAUGAAGCCGGGUCCUGGGGCGUGUUCUAAUCGGCUGCCCUGUGUCUUGUUGGUGCUCUUUCGCGCAGGGGGCAAAACGCCGGACCCCAAGCUGCAGUCCAGGUCGUACAUGGACGUCAUGAAGGAGCAGCACCUGACCAAAGAGGAGAAAGAGAUCCGUCAGCAGAUGGCAGAGAAGGCCAAGACAGGAGACCUGAAGGCUGUCAACGGCUCUGCUGCCUCCCAGGCUGCUGCUGCUGCCGCCGCCGCCAAGCGUAAACGCCGAUGGGACCAGACAGCCGAGAAACAGGACCAAUCGGGAACCCCCAGCAACGCCGGCACACCUAAGAAGAUGUCCAGCUGGGACCAGGCCGACCAGGCUGCUGAGCAGACCCCAGGACACACCCCUGGCCACACCCCCUCCAACAGCCGCUGGGACGAGACCCCCGGAAGGAACAAGGGCAGCGAGACACCAGGGGCCACCCCCAGCACCCGAAUGUGGGACCCCACCCCUAGCCACACCCCAGCUGGAGCAGCCACGCCAGGCAGAGGGGACACACCAGGACACACCACCCCUGGACACGGGGGAGCCACAGGCAGCGUGCGCAAAAACCGAUGGGACGAGACCCCCAAGACGGAGAGAGAGACCCCUGGUCAUGGUAGUGGUUGGGCCGAGACCCCCCGUACAGACCGAGGAGAUGAGUCAGUGGGAGAGACCCCCACCCCCGGGGCCAGUAAAAGGAAGUCCCGUUGGGACGAGACACCCGCCAGCCAGAUGGGCUCUUCCACCCCACUGAUGACCCCUGGGAAGACUCCCAUCGGAACCCCUGCCAUGAAUAUGGCCACUCCCUCUCCAGGUCACCUGAUGAGCAUGACCCCAGAGCAGCUGCAGGCGUGGCGUUGGGAGAGGGAGAUCGACGAGAGGAACCGACCACUCACAGACGAGGAGCUGGAUGCCAUGUUCCCAGAGGGAUACAAGGUCCUUCCCCCACCAGCAGGCUACGUGCCCAUCCGUACCCCAGCCCGGAAGCUGUCGGCCACCCCCACCCCCAUGGGGGGCAUGACAGGCUUCCAUAUGCAGCAGGAGGACCGUUCCAUGAAGCAGAUCAAUGACCAGCCCAGUGGGAACCUGCCCUUCCUCAAACCAGACGACAUCCAGUACUUUGACAAGCUGCUGGUUGAGGUGGAUGAGUCCACUCUUAGCCCAGAGGAACAGAAGGAGCGUAAGAUCAUGAAACUGCUGCUGAAGAUCAAGAACGGAACACCUCCCAUGAGAAAGGCUGCCCUGCGUCAGAUCACAGACAAGGCGAGGGAGUUUGGAGCAGGGCCCCUGUUCAACCAGAUCCUACCCCUGCUCAUGUCUCCUACUCUGGAGGACCAGGAGCGCCACCUACUGGUCAAGGUCAUCGACCGCAUCCUCUACAAGCUGGACGACCUGGUCCGCCCAUACGUACACAAGAUCCUGGUGGUGAUUGAGCCGCUGCUGAUUGAUGAAGAUUACUACGCCAGAGUGGAGGGUAGAGAGAUCAUCUCUAACUUGGCCAAGGCUGCCGGCCUGGCCACUAUGAUCUCCACUAUGAGACCUGAUAUUGACAACAUGGACGAAUACGUCAGAAAUACAACAGCUAGAGCUUUCGCUGUCGUAGCGUCCGCUCUGGGUAUCCCCUCCCUGCUGCCCUUCCUCAAGGCUGUGUGUAAGAGCAAGAAGUCAUGGCAGGCCCGCCACACGGGCAUCAAGAUUGUCCAGCAGAUCGCCAUCCUCAUGGGCUGUGCCAUCCUACCCCAUCUGAGGAGUCUGGUGGAGAUCAUCGAGCAUGGUCUGGUGGAUGAGCAGCAGAAGGUACGGACCAUCAGUGCCCUGGCCAUCGCUGCCCUGGCUGAGGCUGCCACGCCCUACGGUAUCGAGUCCUUUGACUCUGUACUCAAACCCCUGUGGAAGGGUAUCAGACAGCACAGAGGAAAGGGUCUGGCUGCGUUCCUGAAGGCCAUUGGCUACCUGAUCCCUCUGAUGGAUGCUGAGUAUGCUAACUACUACACCAGAGAGGUCAUGUUGAUCCUCAUCAGAGAGUUCCAGUCCCCUGACGAGGAGAUGAAGAAGAUCGUGCUCAAGGUGGUGAAACAGUGCUGUGGUACUGACGGUGUGGAGGCCAACUACAUCAAGACAGAGAUCCUGCCCCCUUUCUUCAAGCACUUCUGGCAACACAGGAUGGCUCUGGACAGACGCAACUACAGACAGCUGGUGGACACAACAGUGGAGCUGGCCAACAAGGUGGGUGCGGCAGAGAUAAUCUCUCGUAUCGUAGAUGACCUGAAGGACGAGGCAGAGCAAUACAGGAAGAUGGUGAUGGAGACCAUAGAGAAGAUCAUGGGGAACCUGGGAGCUGCUGACAUCGACCACAAGCUGGAGGAGCAGCUGAUCGACGGCAUACUGUACGCCUUCCAGGAACAGACCACGGAGGACUCUGUGAUGCUGAAUGGGUUUGGCACGGUGGUGAAUGCCCUGGGGAAGAGGGUGAAGCCCUACCUGCCUCAGAUCUGUGGUACGGUGCUGUGGCGUCUCAACAACAAGUCCGCCAAGGUCCGCCAGCAGGCUGCUGACCUCAUCUCCCGUACCGCCGUGGUCAUGAAGACCUGCCAGGAGGAAAAGCUGAUGGGUCACCUGGGAGUUGUGUUAUACGAGUAUCUAGGAGAAGAGUAUCCUGAAGUACUGGGAAGCAUCCUUGGUGCUCUCAAGGCCAUCGUCAACGUCAUUGGCAUGCACAAGAUGACUCCACCAAUCAAAGACCUGCUGCCUCGGCUGACGCCCAUCCUGAAGAACAGACAUGAGAAGGUGCAGGAGAACUGUAUUGACCUGGUUGGCAGGAUUGCUGACAGGGGUGCUGAGUACGUGUCUGCCAGGGAGUGGAUGCGUAUCUGCUUUGAGCUGCUGGAGCUCCUCAAGGCCCACAAAAAGGCCAUCCGCAGAGCCACCGUCAACACCUUCGGAUACAUCGCCAAGGCUAUCGGACCCCAUGAUGUGCUGGCCACACUACUUAACAACCUGAAGGUUCAGGAGCGUCAGAACAGAGUGUGUACCACCGUAGCCAUCGCCAUCGUGGCUGAGACCUGUUCUCCCUUCACCGUGCUCCCCGCCCUCAUGAACGAGUACCGCGUGCCCGAGCUCAACGUGCAGAACGGCGUGCUCAAGUCCCUGUCCUUCCUGUUUGAGUACAUCGGGGAGAUGGGCAAGGACUACAUCUACGCUGUCACGCCCCUGCUGGAGGACGCGCUGAUGGACAGAGACCUGGUCCACAGACAGACUGCCAGUGCCGUGGUGCAACACAUGUCCCUGGGCGUCUACGGCUUCGGCUGUGAGGACUCCCUUAACCACUUGUUGAACUACGUGUGGCCCAACGUGUUUGAGACGUCGCCCCAUGUGAUCCAGGCUGUCAUGGGGGCCCUGGAGGGCCUCAGGGUGGCAAUCGGCCCCUGCCGCAUGCUGCAGUAUUGCCUGCAGGGUCUCUUCCACCCAGCCAGGAAGGUCCGAGACGUCUACUGGAAGAUCUACAACUCCAUCUACAUCGGUUCCCAGGAUGCUCUGAUCGCUCACUACCCCCACGUCUACAACGACGAGAAGAACCCUUACCUCCGCUAUGAGCUGGAGUACUUCCUGUGAUUCUGCUCUCUUUUCUCUCUGUUCACGCUCUCUCUUUCUCUCUCUGUUGACGCUCUCUCUCUGUUGACGCUCUCUCUG